AUGAGUCUGAAGCCAAAGGCUAUGGGCAGUGUAGCUACAUUGCAUAGAGGAGGCCUAGGCAGACAUGCAUCUGUGUCGGUCGAUGUUGCAGUACCAUUAUUUACCUUCAUUGCACCACCAUCACCAGAAUUGCACGAUUUGGAGAAGCUCAAUGUGCCCAGCAGAGUCCAAUAUGUUGCUGCCACUGAACCUACCCAUCGAAGAGCAAUUUCAGCUAAAGGCUCUGCAAGUCGGCCAACAUCAUUGGUUGGGAGGGAAAGGGACAAGGAUUUACCAUCACAGCCUACAUCCAGCAGUAAUAGUCAAACGAACGUGCAAAAUCCCCCUUCCUCUGUUUCUCCAACAGCAGCAUUGGAUCGAUACCUUAAAGAUAUCAGUAUGAUGUCUACUACGCUACGAUUGCAGCAAAGGAAUAUGCUACAACUCCAAGAGCAUGUGAAUAUGCUCUCUGAGGUCCUGAUUGGAAAAAGGGUCCAACAGUCUCAUUUGUCAGAAGGACUUGAUGGAGACGUGACACAGCUGUUAGAUGAAGAAGUACAACACGCUAUAGACCUCGCUACAGCCAACCCAUCCAUAGCCAAUAGUCGCGUUAGUUUGUUAAACGUAGACCGACGUGGAUCAGUCGAUGGAGGUAGCAGAAGUGGAUCAGUCGAUGAGGAGCGACGUGGAUCAGUCGAUGAGGGCAGAUGGGGAUCAGGAAACGGUUUCUACAUCUCGACUUUAUUGAGAAAUCGAGGAUCCCGAGCUACCGCGGCUGAUAAUGGCGAUCUGGGCACAGAUAGCCUGCAUUCACACAGUGGUCCUCUCACUCCAGAAGCAGAUGGCAAACGAGCUACCAGCUCAGUCGACAUGCUAGACUCUUACAUACCAUCCGAAGCAAUACCUCAACAACAACCACAGCAAACAGUCCCACAUUGGCCUUUAAAAGCAAAGCCAACCCUAGGUCGAUUUUUACCAGCACUGACGCCUAUGGGUAGUAUGGACAUGCCCUCGGGCUCCAGCAGUCGAAGUGGAUCUGAGGUUGACGUAGCCCGACGAAAAGAUGUGGACAAGAGUCUAGAUCUAAAUCCGUUGGACAACCCACCGAAUCGAUUUCGUGGUAGUGAGUCAAGUGUUGAAGAAGAUGAUUUGGUCAACAUCCUACCUGGAGCAUCAAGAAAAUUCUCUGUCUGCUCCGUUCACUCAGCAGAACAACAGCAUAUUGUUGUCGCUAAUACUUUCUCACUCGUAUUAGAAAUCUCUGACAGAGAUAUGGAUUCUUUGCCACCAGCGAUUGAUGAAGAUGCGGUUAACGAGACCCCCGCACGCAGUUCCCCUCCAGAUUGGUCAAAGUACUUGGAAACUGCUAUUGUAGAAAGUACCAAGAUCAACGCCAGUAGUAGCAAAAUCACCGCCGCUGUACUUCCUGAUACUCCCAUCCAAGAUAUCUCACACAAGGGAUCAUUGAUUCCGCCAUCAGGCUUGUCCGUGCCAUCAUCGCACGUUGGUGGAAGACAACCCACUCUUGGAAGAUCAGCAAGCGCGAGGGCACCAUUACGAAUAAUCCCGGUAGAUCCUCAUGAUCCAAGUCCAGUAACAGUCAUGGUCACCAAACCCAGCAUAACAUCUUUGAUUUCGAAAUAUACCAACAACAACACACAACCGACCCAAUCAAGGAGCAUACCAAGGCCUACGGAGGAUCAACUCGGAUCAGUUGAUGGCACAAAUCAACAGAGAACGGCGUCGGGUGUAUCAUUUGAAGAAUCUGCUCUAGUUUUGGACGAUUCCCAACCAUUGAGCCUCCGAAUACAAACACCGCAACCCCUUUUAACAGACAACAGGGGAGCGAAACAUACAGUCAGAGCCAAAUCCGAGAUUCAAACUUCAUCUACAGGAGCCCUGCCAAAACCAUCUCUUACCCCUUAUUCAGUAAGCCAAAGAUUGGCCAAAAAGCAAGGAAUGAGAUCCGUGCAAUCUGAUUCAACUGAUACCGGAUCGGGCAUCGGUGGCAAAAUCAAGCACCAAACUAGUUCAAGCGUAUUAUGGUCUUUCCGACCUUUGCGACCUAGAGAUGAACAACCAAGGCCAGAUGAGGGUGGUCCGGGCCCAUCCUUGGGUGAUUUUUUAGGUGACACUAUUGCAUCCAAGGUAGAACAGACCGCCGAGAAAAUAAGUUUUGGUAUAUAUGCUGCCCGAAUGUUUGCCGGCAGAGUAUCAGGAGCUUUCAACUCGAUAUUUCAAAUCUUUUUACACGAUCUGGCUACCCCCAAGUAUACUGAAAUGGGAACUUCUUUGGCCUCCAUUGAACGCAAACGUAUACUGUCAAUGCCAUUACCAGAACAUUUCUUUUUACAUCCAAUGUCCCGAUUCCGUGUUACUUGGGAUUUUAUUCUGUCGCUAAUUCUAUUCUUCACUCUGAUUGCAAUACCUGUUCUUGUGUCCUUUGAGGACGUCGGAUGGGCCGAUCUAGAACCAUUGUCUUGGGCCAUGACCAUUAUAUUCAGCGUCGAUACAGUCUUGUCGCUGUUCACGCUUCAAAUCAUCAACGGUUGUGCUUCAACUCUGGGGAAGUCUCAAAUGAACUACAUACAAAAUGGAUUUAUACCAGAUGUGAUUACAUGCAUACCUUUCGACAUCAUCUUCGCCCAAGCAAGUGAAUUUCCAGAAACACUACUACUCCUCCGUUUGAUACGAUGCAGUAAUUUAAUGUCUAUAACCGGCAAAAACCCCGUCUACCGUAUGUGCUCCAAACGAUUCCAACGGUUCUUUGGAUUUGGAGGUGCUUUCAUGGCCAUCUUCUUCUUCCUCUUCUUACUCGUCAUUUUCCUCCACGCCCACGCCUGUAUGGUGUUUUUAUUCGGCAAGAUUACGUAUUAUCGAGCAGAAUCGUGGCUACCGUUGCAAGAAACCGUGUUGAGCCAAAGCAUAUUGACAAAGUACACAUGGUCGCUCUUCCAAGCACUAUCGAAUACCUUCCCUGUUACUGGAUACAAGCCUUCCGAUGUCCUUGAACAAUGGUUUACGGGAUUAGCUGUAUUGAUUGGUGCAUUACUAUAUGCAGCACUUGUCGGUGUGAUUUCAUCCUUUUCGUUUGGAAUGGACUCAUCUGGUCGUUUGUACAAGCAAAAGAUGGAUGAAGUUAAUGAGUACAUGACGUACAAGCGCUUAACGGAACAUCUCAAGACUAAAGUGAGGCAGUACUAUGAGCUCAAGUAUCGUGGAAAGUACUUUGACGAAUUGGGUAUCAUCAUGGAAUUAAAUGCUCCACUCAGACAAGAAAUUGCUAUACAUAACUGUCGUGACUUGAUUCAAAAGGUGCCCUUCUUGAGACGACACCAACAAGACGGUCGUGAUGAACUUUUCUUGGGUCGUAUCGCCAAUGCUCUGAAAGCCACCUACUUUAUCAAGGGAGAUCACAUAUUCGAACAGGGUCGUGUCGGAAAUGAAAUGUACUUUAUCCUCUCUGGCCACGUCGAAAUCGUGGUAGCAGGCAAAGCAGUAGGUUCUUUAGCAGACGGUUCCUUCUUUGGAGAAGUCGCACUCCUUGGCCAAAUACCUCGAACAGCAACCAUCCGUGCAACAUCAAAUUGUGUGCUAUACUGUCUAGAACGCAGUGAUUUCGAAACCAUCAUUCAAGAUUACGAUGACAUGGCAGCCCGUAUCCGUGAAGUGUAUCAAGAACGUAUGGCUCGUGUUCGGGAGGAAUCUAAAGCCAAACAAGCUGUUGCUGCUGAUGCAUUGUUACAUGAACCGCCUCCACAACAUCCGCAGCUUCGUGUCCGUGCAGCAAGUGUGCAUGCUGAUACAUCAGUCGUCAUGGCUAGGAGGGAUGUGGGGAGUCGUACUGUACUUGCUACAAGGCAGAUGGAGGAGCGAAACCCACACCAAAAGUCAUGA